CUUCUGAAAAGUUUCUUUCUGCUUCUCUUUCUCCUGCCAGAAGCGAACUUCCCUGCACACGUGACACUUUUAUAACGGCUUUGGAUUGAAAGUGCCAUCAGUGAAAAAUCAUCUCUAAUCAAGGACUAUACGCGUUUCAGGAGGACACUGCAUCAUACAGGUGAAGAUGCUGUCCUUGCUUUUGCUGAGCAUGUGUUUGUGGGUUUUCUCAGCCACGGCCUCUUUCGAUUACAUUGACACUGAGCCUGAAAGCCCACUGAGAGUCAGUAUACCCAAUGAGCUUCCCCUCCGCCCUCUGAUGGGUGACACAUUAGUUCUGCCCUGCUACUUCCAGGACAACACAGUCAACGAUCCUGGCGCCCCCACAAUCGCCCCCUUGUCCCACCGGAUCAAGUGGAGUCUGGUCACUAAAGAGAAGACCACAAACAUUUUAGUGGCCUCCGAAGGGAUAGUAAGCAUUGAGAAGAGGUAUAUGGAUAGAAUCACACUGGUAGGAUAUCCCAUGACCCCCACCGACGCCUCUAUUAAGAUCACUGAGCUCCAUUCCAAUGACUCUGGAGUUUACCGCUGUGAGGUCAUGCAGGGGAUUGAGGACAGUCAUGAUAUCGUUGAUGUCCAAGUACAAGGUAUUGUUUUCCACUAUCGUGCAAUCACUACACGAUAUACUCUUAAUUUUGAAAAGGCCAAGGCAGCGUGUAUUCAGAACAGUGCAGUGAUUGCUACACCAGAACAACUCCAAGCGGCGUAUGAUGAAGGGUUUCAUCAGUGUGAUGCUGGCUGGCUUGCAGAUCAGACUGUGAGGUACCCUAUUCAUGAUCCUCGAGAGGCUUGCUAUGGAGACAAAUAUGAAUUUCCAGGAGUAAGGACAUACGGAGUGAGAGACGUGAAUGAGACAUAUGACGUGUACUGCUUUGCUGAGAGAAUGACAGGAAAAGUGUUUCACACAACUUCCCCAAACAAAUUUACCUUUGAGGAGGCUGAAGCUCAGUGUUCCAAGCUGGGUGCCAAGUUGGCCACCACAGGACAGCUGUACCUGGCAUGGAAAGGUGGUAUGGAUGUUUGCAACGCAGGCUGGCUGGCAGACCGAAGUGUCCGCUACCCCAUCAACAUCGCCCGACCGCAGUGUGGAGGAGGCCUGCUGGGAGUGCGCACCGUCUAUCUGUUUCCCAAUCAGACCGGUUACCCCCAUCCAGAUUCUCGCUACGAUGCUUUCUGCUACUCUGAAACAGGCGAUGAAGGUUCAGGCUUUUUCCCACUGGAUCUAGAGCUGACCACAGAUGGUGACAAUGGUGUCUUGACUGUGGACACAAUCACAGAAAGCCAUACUGUCAUUUCUAAGCCUGCCUCAACAGAAAGUGAGGUACAGGGAGAAGUUGUAACAUAUAAGCCUUCGGUGACCACCAGUGUUGAGAACCCAUACACUGCACUGGAUAUUUCCCACGUCCUCCCUUCGCCACCAACCAGCUCUGUGGAAAAGGACCCUGACUUUGGAUCCGGUUUAUCUCAAUCCAAUAAGACCGAAGAUACCAUGUCUGCCACAGGUGUGGUCUUCCAUUACCGUGGUGGAAACUGUAGUCGUUACCCUUUUGGCUUUGUGGAGGCUCAGCUCGCGUGUAAGAGUAUCGGCGCAGUCAUUGCCAGUGCUCAGCAGCUGCAGGCGGCCUAUGAAGCUGGUUAUCAUCAGUGUGAUGCCGGCUGGCUCUCGGAUCAGACUGUCCGGUAUCCCAUCGUGUCUCCUCGUCACCAAUGCUCUGGUGAUAUGGAGCAAGUUCCUGGUGUGAGGUCUUAUGGACUGCGCCCUGCCGAUGAACGCUAUGAUGUGUACUGCUAUGUGGACAAACUAAGGGGUCAAGUUUUCCAUGCAAGUUCUUUCGAGGGAUUCACGUACGGUGAGGCAGUGGCUCACUGCCAGGGCCAAAAUGCUUCUCUGGCCUCCACAGCACACCUGUAUGCAGCUUGGAAGCAAGGCUUUGAUAAGUGUCGAGCUGGCUGGCUUCUUGACCGCAGUGUGCGUUACUCCAUCAAUAUCCCCCGGCAGCAGUGUGGUGGAGGGAGGACUGGAGUUCACACAGUUUACUUGUUUCCCAACCAAACCGGCUCUCCUGACCUGCACUCCAAAUUCGAUGCAUAUUGCUUCAAGGAGGAUCUGGAUCUUCCCCUGAAUGAAAGUGAAUCGCAAGAGACAGUGACGGAGGAAAAGAUAGUGAGCAUUUCAUCCCAUCCUGCUCUUCACAGACCUGAAGGUACCCCUAUCAUUGCUCCCAGUCCUACAGAACCUUCUGGAACUGAGGAAUCUGUGGCCAGCAGUUCUGGCGAUCUGUUGAGCAGUGGCAGUGGGGAUCAGCCAAGUGGGUCAUCCGUUUCAAGUGGUGACUCCUCCGGGACAAGUAGCACUGAUGAUCUUUUGACAAGUGGGAGCGGGGAUCAGAGUGGAAGUGGCUCAUCUGUUACAAGUGGAGACUAUUCUGGAGCCAGUGGCACAGACAGUCUGUUCAGUAGUGGCAGUGGCGAUCGGUCGAGUGGGUCAUUCAGUUCCAGUGGAGACUUCUCUGGAGCCAGUGGGACUGAUGAUUUGUUGGGCAGUGGGAGUGGGGAACAGCCAAGUGGGUCAUUUGUGUCAAGCGGAGACUUCUCUGGGGCCAGUGGAAGUGGGGAUAUGUCAAGUGGUUCUGGAAGCUCUUCAGGAUCUGGUAGUGGUUUAGAUAUCUUAGUGACUUUUUCAGGGAUUGACACAGUUUUUUCAGGAGUUGGAUCAACUUCAGGGCAACUUGAGGAGGCUGGGGAGGGAAGCACUGAGAUUCUUACAUUCCAAUUAGAUCAAAUCUCUGGAUCUGGAUCGGGAUUAGGCAGUGGGUCAGGGUACAGCUCUGAAGAAAGUGGAUCUACCUCAGACCUUUCCAGCAGCUCAGGAGAGAGUGGUGAGAGUGGAGAUCUUUCUGGCAUCUCCUCAGGAUCAGGGUUCAGUGAGGAGUCCUCAGGAUUCAGUGGUUUUGCAUCAGGUAUUUUUCCCUCUGGUGGAUCCAGUGACAUUUCAUUCAUUGAUGGCAGUGGAAUCAUCAUGGUGGACAGGCCGUGGAUGAAGAUAUCUUCAUUUUUAACAGAACAAGAGCUGGGUAGUGGUCAAGUCGAUUUCAGUGGAUCAGGACUUUUCUCAGGGUCUGGGGUGAGUGGUGAUAUCUCUGGCUUAAGUGGUGAAAUCUCUGGAUCGAGUGGUGAUAGUUCAGGUAUAAGUAGUGACAUUUCAGGAAUGAGUGGUGAUAUCUCAGGAAUGAGUGGUGAUAUCUCAGGAAUAAGUGGUGAUAUUACAGGAAUGAGUGGUGAUCUCUCUGGUAUGAGUAGCAGUGACCACAGUGGCUCAGGGAGUGGUUUAGCAUUUUCUGGGGUGACAUUUUUGGGGUCAGGCUUCACUGAUCUCACAGAACAAUCUCGUGAACAGGAAGCUUCUGGACUUGUGUUCUUUGGGUCUGGUGAGGGAAGUGGAUUUAGAUCUGGAGGCUAUGCAAUUGAAUCAGGGGAACGAUCAGGGGACUCGGCUAGUAGUGAUGUCAUCUUCUUCAGCAAUAAUGACAUGGUGGAAAUGUCAAACAAGCCACUUCAAGGAAUGGAAUUAGGAAGAGGGGAAGUGGAAUAUAGUGGCACAGUCAGACUGUCCUCAGGGAGUGGAGAUGACCAAAGUGUCUUUAUAAGCGGGCAUGAAUGGAUCCCAGUCACUGCUAAUACACCAUCUGUAAAAUCCACUGAUCCUCCCCCAGCUGAAUUAUUUGAUCAAGGUCCAUCAGACCUGUACAGUGAUACUGCAGGACACCUAGGUCCUUAUUUAAAACCAGAAGAGAUCAUCAACAAUCUUGACGCUGUUCCUUUGGCAGCUUUGUCUUCUACUACAGAAACUGCCUCUUUACAGAGGCCUGCUGUCGUAGAACGACCUGCUGUGAAUGAUUAUCUUAACCCAUGUGAACCAAACCCUUGUGGAGCUGGUGUGUGUUCAGUGAAGGAUGGAGUGGGACUUUGUCACUGCCCACCUGGACUGCAUGGAGAAGAGUGCCAGUUUGAGGUUGAUGUAUGCCAUUCAAACCCUUGCGCCAAUGGAGCCACCUGUGUGGAGGUAGAGGACACUUUCAAAUGCUUAUGUCUGCCCAGCUACGAAGGAGACCGGUGUGAGACUGAUUCACACAGCUGUGAGAAGGGCUGGACUAAGUUUCAGGGCAACUGUUAUUUACAUUUCUCGAAGAGAGAGACCUGGCUGGAUGCUGAGCAACGCUGUCGAGACUUAAAUGCUCACCUGGUGAGCAUUAACACUCCAGAGGAGCAAGCCUUCGUCAACUCAAAUGCACAAGACUAUCAGUGGAUUGGACUAAAUGAUAAAACAGUGGAAAAUGACUUCCGCUGGUCAGAUGGAACCCAGCUGCAAUUUGAGAACUGGAGACCAAACCAGCCUGACAAUUAUUUCAACUCUGAAGAGGAUUGCGUUGUGAUGAUCUGGCAUGAAAAUGGCCAGUGGAAUGACGUGCCCUGCAACUACCAUCUGCCUUUUACAUGCAAAUCAGGUCCAGUGACAUGUGAUAAACCUCCGAAAGUGGAGAAUGCCAAAAUGUUUGGAAACAAGAAAGAGCGUUACCAGGUUAAUUCUAUUAUCAGAUACCAGUGCAGUGAAAACUUUACACAGCGCCACCCACCUGUGAUCCGCUGCAUGGCAGACGGACAGUGGGAGAAGCCAAAAGUUCAAUGCAUACCCAAGGUCAAAUUUGGACUUCACGACAAAUCUGUUCAUCACUCUCAUAAAGCUAGAACAGCAUUGGAGAAACAACUCUAAGGAGACGUGACAAGCUAGAGAUUCACUUUUAACAUUAAAAUAAGAUUUAUAUUUAUUUUUCAAGACACUGAACAAGAAGCCAACACAUCUGAUUAUAAAGUGUUUUUCAAGAUAAUUUCUGUAUAUUGCAGAUGUCUUUAAGAUGGAUUAAUCCAUCCCAUUCCAGAUGAAAAACAUCAAACACCAAAGGAACUAAGACUAACAUCAUCUUUAAAGAGAUCUGUGAAUAUUUGCAGAAUCUUUUCGUUCUGGCCCAGUUAGGGUUUCAUUUUAAAAGGCCCCUCUUUGAAGAACACAAACACUUUCUCUGCUAGUACGCUAAUUUUAGGUGAAUGCACAACGUAAUUGUGAUGAAAUGUGAAGUAUUAUUUUCAUCUGUAGAUAAUGAAGAGAAGUUAUGAACCUAAAAAAGCAGUCAUAGCCAUAAAUCGUAUUUAUUUUGGAAACCAAACCAGAAAGAUUACAAAGACAAGCGGCACAAGGAUGUCAUUAAUUUGUUAUGCCUGAGUUCAGACAAAAUAAUGUGAAAUGGGAUCUAUGUAUUGAUUUCUCUCAAGAUAACACACAGUACAUUAAUAUUUGUCCGGACAUGUCCAUCUUUUUUUCCUCACAGAAGCCAUAUGUACUUAAAAUCAGAAAGAGGUGGUCAAAUCCAGUCAAAUUAUGAAUGUAGGUUAAGCCUAACCGUGAAAAUCUACUUGAUUGCUAGAUGCUAUUUGUUGCAUAAGACUGUGCAGGGCAUAGUACUACAUGGGGCAAAAGAAAUGACCCUUAAUCAGCUAAGAGCUUUAAUUUUUUAAUAAUAGGUCAGAUAGAACUGUUAAUGACAGGUGCCUUGUGAAUAUGUUGCUUGUUUCUGUGAUGAGACCAGAGGCUGUGCCUCUUCUAUCUCAGUUCUUUUAUACAGCAUAGCUUUAUUUUCAUCUGAUACAGCUGAAACGACGAAUGAAGCACGAACUGCAGAAAAUGCACAAACAUUCCUUGAAACGCAUUUUUCCCUAUAGCCUACAUUUCGAGCUGAUUACUCUUUCACAUAGAAGAUCAAUCAAAAGUUUAUGAGCUUAAUGGACAUUAAUUCAACUGUAAAAACAUGGUAAAUCAGUCAGUCAGAACAUUUCUAGCAAUCUCUAAGGUUGAUUUAAAGUGUUUCAGAAACUGUAACACAGCAAAUGCAACGCCUUUCUAUUAAAACAUUCCAUAAACAUUAUUGGUUUGUGUUUUGCCAGCAGUUCGUCGGCAAUGAAGGGCAAUUACGACUCAAGAGAGGUUAUUCAUAGUGUACAGGUAAUGGAAAGAAAACGGUUUUUACCUCAGCCAGUGCAGACUCAGAAAUGUAUAUUAAAACAGAUGAUAAUGUUUGUUAAUUGGGUGGAGUGGAAGGAACGAAUUUCUCCGUGGAUGAAUGGACUCUUUCAGGAAACUGCUGAUGCUCUACCUGUUUCUCCCACGUCGCCUAGCGAGCCUUGGAAGAGCCUGACAUGCGCAAAAACGGGCUGCCAUCUGCUGGUGGCUUCAAAGAAUGACAGAUACUCUGGUGGUUCGUGACACGUCAGAAUAAAAAUAAAUACAUAUUUACAAAUCACUUA